GUUGUGGAACUAUAACUCCCGGUGUGAGGUGGAUUUUUCCUGCUGGAGACAACGCAGGGGGCUGUAGUUCUGAGCGCUGACAGGUAAUGACUGAGCGCAGGCAUCAUCACGGGCAGCUCCAUCAUACGUCCUGCCGGGGUCCUGAGUGAGCGACAACAAAGAUGGCGGCGCCCAUAGGCAGGUGGAUGUGGUGCGCAGCACAUCUAGGAGGACGAUUUUAUAAUCAUACACGGACAUCAUUGUAUUCCACAGCUGUCCAGACACUUUAUCCAUUUACUGCAAGGAAACCUCAGCUGUCACACAAAGUCUUUCAGAAUCCAGCACGAUGUAUGUUCAUCCAGACGCAGGAUACCCCAAAUCCCAACAGCAUCAAGUUCAUCCCAGGACGCACAGUUUUAGAAGCAAGGACCAUGGAUUUCCCAAACCCUGCUGCUGCAUUCUGCUCCCCUUUAGCCAGGCAUCUCUUUAGAGUUAGUGGAGUUAAAAGCGUUUUCCUGGGACCUGAUUUCAUUACAAUUACAAGGGAAAGUGAGGAGCUGGACUGGAACUUGAUCAAGCCUGAUAUCUACGCCACCAUCAUGGACUUCUUUUCUUCAGGCCUGCCUAUAAUAACAGAUGAUGCACCUCGCAGUGAGACAGCUGCUUCAGAAGACGAUGAUGAGGUUGUGGCCAUGAUCAAAGAACUUCUGGAUACCAGAAUCAGGCCAACAGUUCAAGAAGAUGGCGGCGAUGUACUGUACAAAGGGUUUCAGGAUGGGAUUGUUCAGCUGAAACUCCAAGGAUCCUGCACCAGCUGUCCGAGCUCCAUUAUCACACUAAAGAAUGGCAUUCAGAAUAUGCUGCAGUUCUAUAUCCCAGAGGUGGAGGGCGUAGAGCAGGUGACGGAUGAUGAUGAUGAGGAAGUUGUUGAACCCGCUUCUUCCUGAACUCCCUAAUAAUGGAGACCAUGACUGUCGUCGCACAACUAUCUGCCGUCAUUUCCAUUAUGAUCCUCUGAUAUAUCAAGUGGGCGGUCUGAGUCCGUGUAUUAUUUGCAUAGUUUAGAAAUCUAUACAUUUGAGGCCCAUAGUGAUGCUGUCUGUGUGUUUUUCUUUAUCAUUUAGAUACAAUGACUAGAUCAGUUUUUCCCAACCAGGGUGCCUCCAGCUGUUGCAAAACUACAACUCCCAGCAUGCCCAGACAGCCGAAGGCUGUCUGGGCAUGCUGGGCGUUGUAGUUUUGCAACAGCUGGAGGCACCCUGGUUGGAAAACACUGGACUACACAGAGUAACUACUACGUCCAUACAGAGUAACACAGUGUUUCCCAACUAGGGUGCCUCCAGCUGUUGCAAAACUACAACUCCCAGCAUGUGCGGACAGCCAAAGGCUGUCCGGGCAUGCUGGGAGUUGUAGUUUUGCAACAGCUGGAGGCACACUGGUUGGAAAAUACUGGACUAGAUCUUUUGCAGAAGUGCACAUUAUAUUUCAUUGUCUACCUUUUAAUUUGUUCACUCUGGUUUAUGUUAUUGCUGAAUUAUUUAUCAGUUUAAUGGGGUACUCCAGUGGAAAACAUUAUUAUUAUUUUUUUUAAAUCAACUGGUGCCAGAAAGUUUUCCAGAUUUGUAAAUGACUUCUAUUAAAAAAUCUUUACCCUUCCAGUACUUUUUAGCAGCUGUAUGCUACAGAGGAAAUUCUUCUUUUUUUGAAUUUUUUUUUAUUGUUUUAUCUUGUCCACAGUGCUCUCUGCUGACACCUGGUGGCCGUAUCAGGAACUGUCCAGAGCAGGAGAAAAUGCCCAUUGCAAACCUUUGCUGCUCUGGGACAGUUCCUGACACGGACAGAGGUGUCAGCAGAGAGCACUGUGGACAAGACAAAAAAAAGUCUGCUAAAAAGUACUGGAAGGGUAAAGAUUUUUUUUAAUAGAAGUAGUUUACAA